AUUAGAGACGGAGAAAGCCCUCUCGGGUUGGUGGAUUGCUCUCGUCAUGGCCGCCAUCACCAGUCACUCCCUCUCCUUCGCUUCUCGCCGCCCACUCUCGGCCUCCCGACCCACCAAAACCCAAACUCCGACAGCGCUCCCUGUCCACCGGCACCCGAUAGGCAGAUCCGCCCUCUCAUCUUCGCAGCCGCCCCGGAGACCCUUCAAGGCGUGCGUCAAUGUCGCAGAUUCCACCUCAAAGACUAUAAAUGGUGAUGAAGAGAACCAGAUGUCAGGAGCAGUUGAUAAAAAAGACCUGCCUGCAAUGAAGACCCUCAUUCAAGCUUACAAGAAGGCUAUUAUAGAUGGAGAUGAAAAGAGUGCCCAAGAAAAUGAGACUCUGAUAUGUAUUACUGAGAAUGAGAAGAAUAAUUUGACUGCAAAAUUUGCAGAGAUCACAGCAGAGAUAGCUUCUGGCAAGGAAAGUUUCCUUCGACUGAAAGCUGAUUUCGAGAAUUUUAGAAAACAGUCUGAGAAGGACCGCCUUAACUUUACAUCCGAUAUACAAGGGGAUGUGAUUGAGAGUUUGUUGCCCAUGGUCGACAGUUUUGAAAACACCAAAAAGGAGAUAAAACCGGAAACAGAGAAGGAGAAGAAGAUCGAGACAAGUUAUCAAGGCAUAUACAAGCAGUUUGUGGAGGUCAUGAGAAGCUUGGGUGUGGCUCUGGUAGAGACUGAGGGCAAGCCGUUUGAUCCUUCUAUCCAUGAGGCUAUUGCAAGAGAAGAAUCCCAACAGUUCAAAGCCGGCAUUGUCUCACAAGAGCUCCGUCGUGGAUUUGUUCUGGGGGAGCGGCUGCUCAGAACAGCGACUGUCAAAGUUUCCACUGGCCCGGGUCAAGUGAAAGGUAGUUCGGACGCCGAAAGACCUUUGGAGCAGCCUUUGGAAGCUAAAUCUGAUGAGGAUUCAAGCCCAACAACAAGCAACAGCUAGUUUACAAUAUGGGUUCAAAAUCAUCUGGAGGAACUGUUUAUUGAGGUAGAGUCACAGUGAAAAAGCAAAGCCAUUUUACAGCCCUAAAACUUGGGUUUUACAACCUCUCUUCCCAGCCGUAGUUCUAUUGGGAACAUCUAUUGAGAAUUAUUAACAACAGUGUUCUGAUUUUGCUAUGGAAUGACAAUUAUCCUGAUUUCUUAUA